AUGAAGAACAACGAUCUCGAGGAAGGAGAUAUCGAGACGGUGCUUGACACUCAUAAUUUUUAUCGCGUCGUCGUAGCGAACGGCAAGGAGAGCCGUGGUAAUCCCGGUCCGCAGCCCGCCGCCAGGACCAUGAUGGAAUUGAUCUGGGACGACGAACUCGCCGUUAUAGCGCGUCGAUGGGCGUUGCAGUGCAAGCUCUUCCAGAAGGAUCAGUGCCGAGACGUUGAACGAUUUGGAGUAUGGCAGAACGUAAACGUGCUCGACAUGGACAGCGUGGAAAGUGGCACGAGCAUAGAGAGAAUUCACUUUCAUAUUGCAUCGUGGUACGACGAGGUGGAAGACUUCGACAAUGCGGAAGUCGGGUAA